AUGGAAUCAUCCAAACCUAUCGUGUUGGUGACCGGGUCUACAGGAUAUGUAGGCAGCUGGAUAGUCGCUAAGAUCCUCCAAGAAGGUAAAUACAGAGUCAGAGGUGCAGGCAGAAAUAUACAUAAUGCAGAAAAGAUGGAACCUUUUAAUAAGGCCCUUAGAGAACAUUGCCCUGAUAAUUAUGAUGAGUUUGAACUUGUUGAAGCUUCUCUAGAAGAUUCUGAUGCGAUCAAGAGGGCAGUCGAAGGUGUUACAUAUGUAUUGCAUGUGGCUUCACCAAUGCCUGACUCAAAGGUUAAGGGCUCAGAAAAGAGUAUGAUCCAACCUGCUAUCGAUGGAAAUAUCAAUGUAUUACAAGCAUGUGUUGGUUCAGGUGUCAAAAGAGUUGUUAUUACUUCUUCUGCUCUGACUAUAUGUGAUCAUAAAAAGGGUGAUGGAGUAUACAGUUAUGACUCUUUUGUGGAAGAAAGCCCAAAGCUAGACCUUUAUUCUAAGAGUAAAAUCAGAUCUGAAAAUGCUGCUAUCGAAUUUGUUAAAGAGCUUGAAGGAAAGAAGGAAAGAACUUUUGAUGUUUUAUUUAUUCAUCCUGGAGGAAUUAGUGGAGUACCUUUUGUCCCAAUAAUGAAAGGCGAAGGACUGAACAUGUUCAAGAUGUUUUUGGAGAACAAGUUCCCCAGAGUCCCGGUAGUAUACUACCCACUGGUUGAUGUCCAGGAUGUGGCUCAAGCUCAUGUAAAUGCUCUUGAUAAGGGUGACCAUCUUGGAAGAUAUCCAAUAAAUAGCGCCACUAUUAGAAUGGUUGAACUAGUCCAGUUGAUCAAAGAUAGAUAUGAACCAAUGGGCUAUAAGGUAGGAAAUAAGGAGCUUCCUAAAUGCGUCGUCUGGAUGUUCAGCCUUUGUAACGCAGAUGCUCGUAAUAUCUACUACCAUUGGGGCGUAAAAGCAGAGCCUGAUGGUGCAUAUGGGGCCAAAGAGCUUGGCUUACAGAAAUAUGUCUCCGUAGAUGAUAGUAUUUACGCAACAUGUGACUUCCUUAUUGAGAACAAAUUCGUUAAGGAGCCCAAGAAAAAGAAAUAG